UUAGAACAAGUGUUUAUCAGUUUUUAUCUCCUGCAUACUUAUAAGCUGAAAUUCUAAAAGUUUUUUAAUCAGAAAGUGACCCGUACUCAUAGCAGUUGGUUUUCUGGCAUUAUUUUCGAGUUUAGAGAAAGAUCCUUGAAUUUUGAAGCGUGGAGGUUGACUCAAUGUUUAUUUUAACAUCAGCUGUAUAGUUUCGCAACCUUGUUUUACUCUCCCGUAUUCUCCCAUUCGCAGUUGUGGUUUUCUUAUUGUGUGGGUCAGUUUGUCGGUCACGUGACUCGACUAACACGAUCUCCUAUAGCUGCUCAUUCUGAAGGAACUCGCUGGCAACGUCUACAAUGGCAACAGCCGGUCAAAAUGAUCCAUCGAUCGUUAUUGAACAAGUUGUCAAUAGAACAAAUUGUUUAACAGAAGGACCUCACUGGGAUCCUAAAACCCAAAGGCUUAUUUUCGUAGACAUUUGGGCCAACAAAAUUUGUUCCUACGAUCCAGCGAAUAAAAAAGUUUUGCAUGCUGAAUUAGCAAAACCGGUCGGAGUUGCUGUCCCUGUCGAAAAUAGUCCCAAUUUAUUCCUAGCAGCUCAUGGUACAGAUUUAGUUCUGGUUACUUGGGACUGUACCGAAAAUGUAAAAAAUCCACCAAUUAAAAUUUUGGAAUCUGUCGAAAAGGGUCGUAAAGGAAACAGAUUUAACGAUGGAAAAUGUGAUCCUUCAGGAAGAUUUUGGGCCGGAACUAUGUGUGAAAUCGAAGGAAAUUUUGAACCAAAUCAAGGAUCCCUUUACAGUUUGGAUUCAAACUUGGAUUUAAAAUCACACUUUUCGUCUGUUGGAAUCAGCAAUGGAUUAGCAUGGAAAGAUGAUAAAUUUUAUUACAUAGAUUCUUUAACAUUCGAAGUAGCUGGCUUUGAUUAUGAUUCAAAGAGUGGAACAAUUGCAAACAGAAAAGUCGUCUUCGACUUCAAAGAAAACAAUAUAUCAGGCUUUCCGGACGGAAUGACAAUUGAUGCAAAUGGAAAUCUCUGGGUAGCUUGUUGGGAUGGUUCCCGAAUCCUUCAAAUCGAUCCCAAAUCUGGAAAAUUGCUGCAAACAAUCUAUAUUCCGGCCAAAAGGGUGACAAGCGUUGCUUUUGGUGGUCCUGCAUUGGAUACUCUUUUUGUUACUACUGCCGGAUAUGGUUUCAAUAUUCCUGAAGAAAAAACUCCAGCAGAUGAUCCAAAAGGUGGAUCGAUUUUUGCUGUGAAGGGUCUUGGAGUCACGGGUCUACCAGCAAAUUGUUUCAAGAUGAAUGUUUGAUUUUUGAAAUCGAGGAAACCUGAAAGAAAAUAUGGAAUAUUAUAUUUGAUAACUUCCCAAUAACAUGUACUUUAAUAUCUAGAAGUUAAAAAUAAAAGAUUUCGAUGUUUGAAUUAAAAGUUGGUAAGUCAACCUCAAGACUAUUAUUAGUCUAAGAAUUUAUCGAAGAGGAAUUCCUUUGUGGACCUCGUGAACGAAAUGGUUACCUAAUUGCUGUGUUGUCGGUUUGACACACACAGUUUUUAAUUCCUUAUUGUUAACACAUAAAUAAAUCCAUAAAUAUAAAUGUGUAAAAAACAGUGAAUAAAUGUGAAAAAGGAUGAAUA